AUGCACAGCAAGACCCUACUCGCGUUAGUGUUCAAAGUUGGAGCCGGCUCCUCUCCUGCCGGUUGUACCAUCGUCAUGACCCUGCAAGAUGUCUACGUACAAGCCCCAUUGGUCACAGACCGGCGAGAGAUCCGUAUCCUAGCCCUAGCUUCCGGCACAGGCGAUGAUGUUUUGCGCGGGGACCUGGUCGUCGAGAGCUUGAACUACGAUGACCUCGACUACACGGCUCUGUCCUACACUUGGUCUGGGCCAGUGAGCGAAAGCGCCAUUUUCAUUGGUGACGUGCCCCUACAUAUUACGGAGAACCUGGAAUUAGCGCUUCACCGCAUUCGAGGGCGCUCUCGUCUCAAAAAUCUGUGGAUUGACGCCAUUUGCAUCAAUCAGAAUGACUAUGAAAAGAAAAGUGUACACGUGCCUCUAAUGCGCGACAUCUAUGCCGAUGCGACUCUGGCGUUGGUAUGGUUGGACCAGAAGUCCGCGGAUAGCGAUGUGGCUAUGGAUUUCACUGGUUCACCUCGACAGAGGAUCCCGGAUCAACUAGUCAAAAUCCCUUUGCCGGCUGUUACCAAAUUGAUGCGAAGGACAUGGUGGACGCGUAUUUGA